AUGUGGGUGGAGAAUCAAACUUUUGGGGCUAAUUUUAUCCUGUUGGGGCUCUUUAGCCAAAGCAAAUACUCUACUCUCUUCUACUCACUAAUAUUCAUUAUUUUCAUAGUAGCUCACUGGAAUGCCACUUUGGUUCUUUUGAUUCAAAGUGAUCACCACCUCCACACUGCCAUGUACUUCUUUAUCAGUCAGCUUUCCCUCAUGGAUAUGAUGUAUAUCUGUAUCACUGUGCCCAAGAUGCUGUUGGAUCAGGUGACUGGGAUUCAUAAUAUAUCAGCCCCAAGCUGUGGAAUCCAGAUGUUCCUCUAUGUAACACUUGUGGGAGCAGAAUUCUUCCUUUUGGCAGCCAUGUCUUAUGACAGGUAUGUGGCCAUUUGUCAGCCUCUCCACUAUCACAUCUUCAUGAACCAUAGGGUUUGUGUGUUCCUUGCACUUGUCUGUUGGUUUUUGGGCUCCAUUGAUGGUUUCACACUCACCCCUAUCACCAUGAACUUCUUAUUUUGUAAAUCCCAAAAGAUCCAGCACUUCUACUGUGAGGUUCAUGCCUUGUUGAAAAUCUCCUGCUCAGACACCUCACUCUAUGAGACUGUCAUGUACGUUUGCUGUGUCCUUAUGCUGCUCAUCCCUCUCACAGUUAUUUUAAGCUCUUACUCCCUUAUUCUCCUCACAGUCUAUAAGAUGAAUUCAGCUACUGGUCGCAGGAAAGUAUUUAUCACGUGUUCCUCCCACAUAACUAUUGUUGUUCUGUUUUAUGGAGCUGCCGUUUAUAACUACAUGUUCCCUGCUUCUUAUCAUACUGCUGGAAAGGAUAUGAUGGUGUCUGUCUUCUACACUAUCCUAACACCUGUUAUAAACCCUCUCAUCUACAGUAUCAGGAAUAAAGAUGUCACAGCAGCUUUGAAGAAAAUGUUAUGGGGGGCAACUAGUUGGCACCUGAAAGCCACAAGCAGCGGACAUGCUCCAGCAGAAAGCGAUCAAUCAAAAUAUCCUGACAUGGCAACAGUUCCUGAAUUCCCAGUUAGUAACUGCAAACUGAACUGA